AUGAGCAACAAGAGGAACAGAGACGAUGAGAAAGGGUUGGUGAUGAAGCUUUUUGAGGACGUCGGAAGUGUUGGUCCGGCCUUAGCACUCGGUGCCGGUUGUGGGUUUGGUUUCGGUGCCGGUCUUAUCGGAGGGUACGGACCAGGACUUCCUAAACUUCACUUUGGGCUCGGUUUUGGAGCUGGAUGUGGAGUUGGUGUAGGAGUUGGCUAUGGCGUCGGUAGGGGAGCCGUGUUCGACCACGAUCGCGCUUUUAAUAUCGCCGUGGAUUACCUCGGGUGGAAGAUGGUUCGUAGUUUUCCUUCUUUUUUUUUCCCUUUUGGUGUUAAAUAA